GGAACUGCCGCGGCCGCCCCCGCCGCGUAGCGGUAGCUAUAGGGGACCGGCGCGGGUGCGCAAGCGAGAGGCGCUCUUUCCCUGCUGAAAGUUCCCUCAGAAAAGCUACAGUCUCUUCAACCCACUAUGGCGGAUGAAAUUGAUUUCACUACUGGAGAUGCUGGGGCUUCUAGCACUUACCCUAUGCAGUGUUCGGCCCUGCGCAAAAACGGCUUCGUGGUGCUCAAAGGGCGACCAUGCAAAAUAGUGGAGAUGUCAACUUCCAAAACUGGAAAGCACGGUCAUGCCAAGGUUCACCUUGUUGGAAUUGAUAUUUUCACGGGCAAAAAGUAUGAAGACAUUUGCCCUUCUACACACAACAUGGACGUUCCAAAUAUUAAGAGAAAUGAUUAUCAACUGAUAUGCAUUCAAGAUGGUUACCUUUCCCUGCUGACCGAAACCGGUGAAGUCCGUGAGGAUCUAAAGUUGCCAGAAGGUGAACUAGGCAAAGAGAUAGAAGGAAAAUACAAUGCAGGUGAAGAUGUGCAGGUGUCUGUCAUGUGUGCAAUGAGUGAAGAGUAUGCUGUAGCCAUAAAACCUUGCAAAUAAAUGGAAUCAUCAGAGAAAACAGUUUAGGUCUGGAUCAACUGCAGAUCUAA